UGACAGUUUGUGAGUUUCGUUUCCAGCAAAGCGAAGAGAAAGCUGUAAAAUGAAACUGUUUCUAUGGCGCUGAUGUUUACAGUGGGGUGAAGUACAACAAACGCUCGACCCUCUGUUGGUUUAGUGACCGUCCUGAGACCCUGAAGAAGAGCAGAAGGCUGCACUGAUGUCUACUGGGAUCUGCCAUUUCUUUUCUAGACUUACUCUGGAGAAUCACUUAUUUAGUAAGCGGAUCAUUCUCAACCCGAUGGUGAUGUUUUUAUAUUAUUUCCUGUUUGCUUGAGAACUAUAAAUACUAGUUUAAAGGUCCUACUUCAGCGAAAUACACGAGAUGCUUGUUAAAUACGAUUAAAGCUCCUCAACGAUUCGUAGACGCACUCGUUAUUAAUUUCACAGUAAAUAAAAACGGAACAAUUUUGAAGUCAAGUUUUAUUCACAGAUAGGAAAAAUUAUUUUAGCCAGUUAACUUUCUAAAGCUGUAGUGCUUUCUCGGUCACGAACAAUCAUGAGUAAUGUAGUGCACAGUGUGCCAAAAAUGCGCUCACAGCCACUUUAUUAGGUACACCUUGGUGGCGCUGGAAUCUUUCCUCACAUGACAGCAUCGCACAUUUGCUCCAAAUCUGUUGGCUUUGCAUCCAUGAUGGGAAUCUCUGUUCCACCACAUCCCAAAGGUGCUCUACUGGAUUAAGAACUGGUGACCGUGGAGGCCAUUUGAGUACAGUGAACUCAUCGUCACGUUCAAGAAACCAGUUUGAGAUGAUUUGAGCUUUGCAACAUGGUGCGUUAACCUGCCCGAGGCAGGUAUCAGAAGAUGGGUUCACGGUUGUCAUUAAGAGAUGGACAUGGUCAGCAACAACACUCAGGGAUGAGAGGCCUCUCCAACUAUUGUCUAUCAUGCUGUGUGAACAGCUUGCUGCAGACUUUCUCUGCUACCUGGGAAAUAGCAGAACUGCUAGAAAGGUGGGAUGUAGCUGGUGCGAGAGGAGAUGCUCGUAAUGUCGCGCUGCAUCUAAAGAGAGUUCUUGAGGCCAUGCGGGGUGACCUCCCUCAGCUCGCUCCACAUCGUGACUUCCUCCACUGUCUGGACCAAAACCGCUUUCGACUUAAUGUGCAGCAUGAUGCAGAUGAGGUGUUCCUCUCGAUUCUCAACUUCAUUCACCAGCAGAUGGACAACAGAGUUCUGGCUGGGGAAAUUCAGGAUCUGUACAAGAUUUCAGUGGAGACACACCUGCAGUGUUUAAAGUGCAACUCCAUCCAAACUGAAACCAGCUACAUGCUCAGCCUGCCGCUUUAUGUAAAGGAGGACGACAACUCUCUUGAGGGCUGCAUGAACUCUUUCUUUGAGCAUCAGGAGCUCAAGGGCAUAAACUCCUGCUUUUGUGCACACUGUGGAACUAAGAACCCAUCCAGACAGGGUGUCAAACUCCUCUCACUGCCUCGUAUCUUGUGCAUGAACCUGAAGCGAUUUCGGAACAGCCGCGGUUCCACACACAAACUUGACUGCAGGGUUCCUUUCCCAGAAACCUUUGAUUUCUCCCAGAGUCUCCAAGAUGUGUUCUCCGAAAACUUUGCACAGAAUGAGUGCAGGUACACCUUGUACGCAGUGGUCGUGCACUCUGGUUAUGCAAUGUUUGGGCACUAUACUGCUUACGUCCGCCACAGGGAGAACAAGUGCUGGUACUAUGCAGAUGAUAGCCACGUACAGCAGACCUCCUGGGAAGAAGUGCAGAGAACAUAUGGAGGACGACACAGUAGAACGGCGUACAUGUUAAUGUACAGAAGAGAUUCAGAAGAAUGGAGGCCACGGCCUGAACUUUCUGGCUGAGUGGAUGGGUGCAAAGAAAUCAGGGGACAUGGUGCAAUAAAAUAUGGAAUGCAUUGAUUUUAUGGAAGUAUUUCAUGGGAAUUUCUGACCUUUUUCCACAAUGUGAAAGGUUUUAUAGUCUAUAUUUUUUCCUGAUCUCACUGAGCUCAACCAGCAAAUGAAUUUCUGUUAACCAGUAGGUGGCGUUGAAGACUUUAUACAGGAAAGGGUUUUCCAUCUCAGACCACACACACUGUGAACACACUCACUGGUACUGGGGGGUUGGUCUGAAGUGACUGCUUGGCUGAGAUAUUUGCUGUUUGGGGAAAUACCUGCAUUGAGAUCUGGUGUGCAUUUUCCUGAUAUAGCUGUUUAUGAGUCAUUCUUGAAGAACACUCGAUGCAUUUUUUUCUCAUUUGGGUGACACAAUCAUCUUUUAUUUGAUGUAUUCUGUCUAUUUAACCACUAUUAAAACUAUGCUUGGGUAUUAAACCUCCCAUUAUGUUAUGUAUUUGAUGCUCCAAACCACAAAUAUAUAUAUAUAUAUACA